AUGGUGCGGUUACCGUUGCCUCAACGUCUCAGUUCCCAUCUCAGUGUCAAGAGUGCUUCUUCCACCCCCGGUCAAAGUCGAAGCACCAGCCCCAUGAGAACCACCGAAUCAAGACCACCCCUGGUCCUCAAGGUCACUGCAAUCAAGGGCAGAAACCUUGCAGCGAAGGAUCGAGGCGGGACCAGCGAUCCGUAUCUAAUCGUCACACUCGGAGAAUCGAGGCAAUCGACGCCAACAAUACCGAAAACGCUGAACCCAGAAUGGAACGUGACAUUCGAGAUGCCUGUGGUCGGGGUGCCAUUGCUGGAGUGUAUCUGUUGGGACCAUGACAGAUUCGGUAAAGACUACAUGGGCGAAUUUGACAUCCCUCUGGAGGACAUCUUUGCCGAUGGUGAAGUGAACCAACCGCCUAAAUGGUACACCCUCAAGUCGAAACGGAAGUCAAGUAAGAAGAAGGAUAGCACGGUCUCGGGGGAGAUCUUGCUGCAAUUCUCGCUGAUCGACACGUUGAACCCCACGGCACCUUCAACCGAGACCUACCAGAAAUUCAAGGCCCUGGUUUCGAGUGGAGACGAAGACGAAGACCUUCCGCAGAUUCCUACGAACGAUUCGGACGAUGUUGACAAGGAUGAAGAGACCUCGGAUGAGACCGACGACCUGACGAAACCAGAGGUUGUAGAGAAGAGGAGGAAGCGGCUACGGCUCGCUCGCUUGAAACGCAAGUCGUUAGCAGCCCGCGCGUAUCAGUUCUCCGGCGCUGGCAACGUACAGGGUAUUGUGUUUAUGGAGAUCGUGAAGGUAACGGAUCUUCCGCCGGAACGCAACGUGACCCGCACUUCUUUCGAUAUGGAUCCUUUUGUCGUCACCUCGCUUGGGCGCAAAACGCUCCGGACACCGGUCAUCCGCCACAAUCUCAAUCCGGUUUACAAUGAGAAGAUGGUUUUCCAGGUCAUGAAACAUGAACAGUCCUACACGAUCAGCUUUACUGUCAUGGAUCGAGACAAAUUUUCUGGCAACGAUUUUGUUGCAUCGGCCGGGUUUCCGUUGCAGACUCUGAUUCAAGCUGCCCCGGAGGCCGAUCCGGAGACUGGGCUCUACAAGCUUCAAGACCCGUCCCUCGAUCCUGCAGGUUCUGAUACAGGUUCACUCGGCAAGUCAGGAGCGAAGACCGGGAUCAGUCCCUCCCCAUCGACUUCUAGUCUAUCGAAGUUGACAAGGCCGACUUUCAAAUCUCGAAGCUCAGCAACUUCCCUGUCCGGCCAGUCCCAGUCGGACCAGCCAGUUGUUUCGCCUCCGCUCACCAUACCCCAGGGAAGAGAGAGCGGUAGCAAUAUCUCUGAUGUUCCAACUGCUACAGAAAACGGGACGCACCAAAUGGAUAUCCAAAACCUUCCAGUGUACCGGAUUCCUUUGAUCAUGAAGAACAAGGAAACCUGGGAGGACAAGCAUUCCCCGGAGCUCAUGAUCAAAGCAAAAUAUAUGCCUUAUCGCGCGCUUCGUCAACAGUUCUGGAGACUAAUGCUCAAACAAUACGAUGCGGAUGAUAGUGGUCGAAUCGACAAAGUUGAGUUGACAACGAUGCUUGACACUUUGGGUUCAACCCUGAAAGAGUCCACCAUUGAUAGUUUCUUCCAGCGAUUCAGCGCGGAGAAUGAGCCUAGCGAGACCAUGGAUUUGACCUUUGAUCAAGUCGUGAUCUGCCUCGAGGAUACACUGCAGGCACUGCAGAAGGAUCAUCGGGCUAUCGCCAAGAUGCAGGCGGGAAUAUCCUCGUCAACAGGCAGUAGCCAGGACAGCACGGAACAGUCCGAUGGUGACGAUUCUCCUUUGGAGACGAGCACAACGCUACCAGCCAAUAUUGAUCCUAGCACAACAUCGAUUCCAACCUUAGACAGGGAAGAUCAGCUGUCUCCAAGCGAGGAAGAUCUUCACCCCGAUGAUCUCGGCGAUGAGAGAGGUGAAGAGCACGUUAUUGAGAUUCGGGAAUGCCCUCUCUGCCAUCAACCACGGCUGGCCAAACGGUCUGAUGCAGACAUCAUCACCCAUAUUGCUACGUGCGCAAGUCAGGAUUGGCGGCAGGUCGACAACCUCGUGAUGGGCGGCUUCGUGACCUCCAGCCAGGCGCAACGUAAAUGGUACUCCAAGGUUAUCACGAAGAUUUCCUAUGGUGGCUACAAGCUAGGCGCGAACUCUGCGAACAUUCUUGUUCAGGAUCGUAUUACGGGACAGAUCAACGAAGAGCGCAUGAGCGUUUAUGUCCGUCUGGGUAUCCGGUUGCUAUACAAAGGUCUCAAGAGUCGGGAAAUGGAAAAGAAGAGAAUUCGCAAAAUUCUCAAAUCGUUAAGUAUCAAGCAAGGCAAGAAGUACGACGACCCUGAUUCGGCAGCUCAGAUCCAAGAUUUCAUCAACUUCCACCAACUUGAUUUGUCAGAGGUUCUGCUGCCCCUUGAUCGGUUCAAGACUUUCAAUGAGUUCUUCUACCGGAAGCUCAAGCCGGGCGCACGGCCGUGCUCAGCUCCAAAUGAGCCCAGAAUUGUCGUAUCGCCUGCAGACUGUCGCUCAGUCUUAUUUGAUCGGAUUGACGAAGCCACCAGCAUCUGGGUCAAAGGCAGAGAAUUCUCCAUCGAGAGACUUCUGGGUAAUGCCUAUCCGGAGGAUGCCGCGCGUUACAAAAAUGGAGCCCUUGGUGUCUUCCGUCUGGCUCCCCAGGACUACCAUCGCUUCCACAUUCCUGUCGACGGCGUCAUGGGCACCCCGAAGACGAUUGAAGGCGAGUACUACACGGUGAACCCCAUGGCAAUCCGUUCGGCAUUAGACGUAUACGGAGAGAAUGUCAGGGUACUCGUGCCGAUUGAUUCAGUCGCUCACGGCCGUGUCAUGGUGGUUUGUGUCGGAGCCAUGAUGGUCGGAAGCACGGUGAUCACCCGGCAGGCAGGUGACCAGGUUCGACGUACUGACGAGCUUGGAUAUUUCAAGUUCGGCGGAAGUACGAUUCUGCUUCUUUUUGAAGAAGGCGUGGUGAGCUUUGAUAGGGACCUGGUCGACAAUUCCAGAGGCGCUUUGGAGACUCUGAUUCGAGUGGGUAUGUCUAUAGGCCACAGCCCUAAGGUUCCUCAAUUUGAGCCCGAUAUGCGCAAGCCAAGCGAGCAGGUCAGCCGUCAAGAGCUACAAGACGCCAAGCGUAGAAUCGAGGGCAGUCUGGCGCCUCCGACUAAAGACAUUGGCAUUCCAUGA